UUGGUAGGCUACAACUUUUUCCUUGGUCGCGUAGGCUGCGUACUCGUGCCUCAUCGUGAUAUUUCCGACAGCUCUUGAAGGCAGCAGUAGUUUCAUUGUGGCCCUGCAGAGCAAAACGCCAUCACACGCAGCGGCCACGACGAGCAGCGGGGCAGGGCGACCGUAGGGCCACCACAGCGGCUCCACAGGCUUCGUUACCGACACAUCUCUCCAUCAUAACGGUUAUGGAUUACACAGCUGUGGAUUAUUAGAAGCCUUUGAAACUGGGCCUCGGUUUUGGCGUCACGCAAAGCAAUGUGGAGGAAAUAAAAAUCCUGAAACGCUGAAAACAAGAGAUUAUAGAUAAUGGGCUGUGUGCAAUGCAAGGACAAGGAAGCAACCAAACUCACAGACGAACGAGACACCAGCAUCUCCCAAGGAGCCGCCUACCGAUAUGGGGCCGACCCCACGCCACAGCACUACCCCAGCUUCGGAGUCACCGCCAUCCCCAACUACAACAACUUCCACGCUCCCGUUGGACAGGGGAUGACAGUCUUCGGGGGGGUCAGCACUUCCUCUCACACUGGAACCCUGAGGACUCGUGGUGGGACAGGAGUCACCCUCUUUGUGGCACUCUAUGACUAUGAGGCGCGGACAGAAGACGACCUCAGCUUCAGGAAAGGAGAACGGUUCCAGAUUAUCAACAGCACUGAAGGGGACUGGUGGGACGCUCGCUCACUCACCACCGGUGGCAGCGGCUACAUUCCCAGUAAUUACGUGGCUCCAGUGGACUCCAUCCAGGCUGAGGACUGGUACUUUGGUAAACUGGGCCGUAAGGAUGCAGAGAGGCAGCUGCUGUCUACCGGCAACCCUCGAGGAACCUAUCUCAUCCGCGAGAGUGAAACCACAAAGGGUGCCUUCUCUUUGUCCAUACGGGACUGGGACGAGGUGAAAGGUGACCAUGUCAAGCAUUAUAAGAUCCGCAAGCUGGACAGUGGCGGCUACUACAUCACCACCAGGGCUCAGUUUGACACGCUGCAGCAGCUGGUUCAGCACUACUCAGACCGAGCCGCCGGGCUCUGCUGUCGCUUGGUGGUUCCCUGCCACAAAGGGAUGCCACGCCUCGCCGACCUGUCCGUUAAAACCAAAGAUGUGUGGGAGAUCCCGCGGGAGUCGCUUCAGCUCAUCAAGCGUCUUGGGAACGGACAGUUUGGGGAGGUCUGGAUGGAGAGUGCGGAUGGUUUGUGCUUUAAUUUAACGGCCGAGUGUGUGAACUACAUCCCUGACACUAUGGGCUUGAGUCAUGAUGCCUGGGAGGUCGGCAGAGACACACUUAAGUUGGAAGUAAAGCUGGGGACAGGAUGUUUUGCUGAUGUCUUUUACGGAACGUGGAACGGCACCACUAAGGUGGCGGUGAAGACUCUGAAGCCUGGCACCAUGUCCCCUGAGUCCUUCCUGGAGGAGGCUCAGAUCAUGAAGAAACUCCGCCACGACAAGCUGGUGCAGCUCUACGCCGUGGUGUCUGAGGAGCCCAUUUACAUCGUCACAGAGUACAUGGGCAAAGGAAGCCUGCUGGACUUCUUGAAGGAUGGAGAAGGACGGGGGUUGAAGUUGCCUAACCUCGUGGACAUGGCUGCACAGGUGGCAGCGGGCAUGGCCUACAUCGAAAGGAUGAACUACAUCCACAGAGACCUGCGCUCCGCCAACAUCCUGGUGGGAGACAACCUGGUGUGCAAGAUCGCUGACUUUGGCCUGGCCAGGCUCAUCGAAGACAACGAGUACACCGCUCGGCAAGGUGCAAAGUUCCCCAUCAAGUGGACCGCCCCCGAGGCUGCGCUGUACGGGAAGUUCACCAUCAAGUCGGACGUGUGGUCGUUUGGCAUCCUGCUGACGGAGCUAGUCACCAAGGGCCGGGUGCCUUACCCAGGCAUGAACAACCGCGAGGUGCUGGAGCAGGUGGAGCGAGGCUACAGGAUGCCGUGCCCCCAGGACUGCCCCAUCUCAAUGCACGAGCUCAUGCUGCUGUGCUGGAAGAAGGACGCCGAGGAGCGGCCCACCUUUGAGUACCUGCAAGCCUUCUUGGAGGACUAUUUCACAGCCACUGAGCCUCAGUACCAGCCCGGGGACAACCUCUAGACCCCCUGUAUCGCCCGGGGGUCGGCCCGGGGCUGGGGCAGGACUGGCCCAAUCACCGCUGUUACAAAAACUCUGGAGCCUUCCCAGCCAGGCCUUUUAUUUUAGGGAUCUGUACAGCUUCCUCAGCUCAGCCCGAGCAUUUUCAGUUCAAACACCUACCCCUAAAACCCAACCCUCGGCCUCCGACACGCCCGCCGGUGUCUGCCAAGUAGGGAAGGUUGAGGAGGUGGAGGAUGGCCGGAGUUAACUGGGGUUGUGUUAAUGCAAUGUAUUCAGUGUAAAUAAGAAAGGCUUGUUUUAGUUUUAUUUGUUUGCUUUAAGAUUUUAUUUUCUCCUGCACAAAAUAAUAAUGACAAACAUGACGGAGGCCAAAGAGGAAAAGCUGAGCAGGCACAGUUAUCUGUACAUUUAAUAUACUCUAGCUCCCGUAUUAUUUGCUAGAGAUUGAAUUGGAAGCCUUAAUAUUUUUUUUCCAAAUUUUCCAUAAUGUGCUAAAAAAAAAGCUUAUUGCUUUUAUUCCUUAUUUUUCAUUUGGUAGUAUUGCAGAAUCUUCUUCAGACAAGUAAGUCUUCAAUCGGCCUUCUGUUCUUCUCUUGCACUCCCCCCCCGCCAUAAAAAAAUUACGGAAAAAGGUUCUUUUACAAGUGAUAUACACAGUCACAUUUUUGUUAAUGUCAACCAAACCAAAAGACUUUGAACAUAUCCCUACUCACUUCUAACUAAAACAAUUUUCGGUGGAAAAUAUGGCUGUGGAAAAUAUGGCUAUGUUUCUACCGCGAGCGGUUGUUUUUUUAAAGGUUGAGUUAAUUUAAGAGUACGAAUGACUUAUUGGUCACUCCCCGCCAGGACGGCUAUUUUUCAAGGGAAGUCAGUGAGGACGGUGGCGUCUUCCUGUCCAUAUCCUGCAGAGCACCGACCUGCAGCUGAACCUGGACCAGCUCCUCUCCUGACUUAUUUCUUUUCUUAUGUUUUACUGACACAGUUAUAUUCUCCUUGUAGUUUGAUUCUGCUUUGAGUAUGUUCUUAUUUAACCCUUUAAAGUGAUCCCAGUUGUACUGUAUGAUCAGAGGAGGCUUGGGGGCCAAUAAACAUUGCAAUUCAGAAUCAAAAAUAAAGAUUUUGGGUUUGAAUUCAAAAAGGACCCCACUGAAUUGGAAACGGACCCAAGCCACCCUGAUCUGGUUUUAAUGCAGAUGGUUUCGUGGCCAAUAGGAAAAACCUUCAUUUGUCCGUUGUACAGCUCAAUGGGUUUAAGUAUCGCUAACUUCCAUUCUUUAUAUCUUUUCAUUUCCAUUUUUUAACACAACUUGUUUUGGUAAUUCAGUGAUUUGGCAUUUGCAAUUCAGAAAAGAACAAUAAACAUUUUACACUCUUUCCAACACA